AUGGACCCUCUCCUCUUCUCAGAUGGUCCCUUCCAUUCCCCUGAAACCUGCAUGACAGCUCCUGACGUGUUUCUCCAGUGCAACCAACCUCUAGACUCCAAGCGUCCUCCCAACUCACCUCCAUCUAUGCAUCUCAUCUCUGGACUUGGUGACCGGACUCUCUGUAUUGACAGUAGGGCCUCAAACCCUGCAUCCAUCCCUCUAGCAAGCCCUGCUGGCCAGAUGAGGAAGAAGCUUCCAUGUCUCCUGCUUUCCUCUGGGGAAAGGUGCCUUGUUGUGAUGAAUGAACUCAUUGUCGGGGUGGGGUGGGCUGGAGAAUGGUCCUCCCACCUUCUCCUACCCACUGUAGGGAAGUGGGUGGAGAGGAACUUGGUGGCUACAUUAUAUUUCUUCAUUUUAGGAAGCUGGUAUGGCCAGGACUUCCAGGAGUGGGCAUUUUUAGUGAAACGGGAAAGGAGUUUGCAGAGAAAUGAUCUGUUUUAA